AUGGAGGAAUCGAAUCAAAAAGAAAUCCUGAUAUGUGGAGGCUGUUUAAAUGAUAUCAGCGAUGAAGACUAUAUAUCGGCGCUAAGCCAAGAUUGGCACAGGGACUGCUUUCGGUGCUCAGUAUGUGACGCUCAGUUGACGACGUGGUUCUUUGAGAAGGGCGGUUUGCUAUUCUGCCGCGAGGACUACUGGACCAGAUUCGGGGACGUCUGUCAUAGAUGUGGACAGGUUGUGUAUGGAUCUUCAAUGGCAGCGGGCGAGCUGAGGUAUCAUUCCGAGUGCUUCGCUUGCGCCGCCUGUGGAGUUUUGUUGGGUGAAACUGAACGGUACGCCCUCGUUGACCGAGAUACUCUAUACUGCGGUGGCUGCUCUCCGAAACUUUCGUCCUCAAGAUCCACCGCACUCGUCCUACCUCAGUAA